CAAUAGAAACGUCCGGGAAGCAUCUCCACAGCUUUCCCCUCCUUGUGAAUGAGAGGGUCUAUGAAUCUGCGUCUAGGGAAAAACACCCUGCCUCUCGUCCAAAGUUAACAGAGACAACAGCGCCCAGUGACCGUAAAUACGCAGCUCAUAUAAAAUCAGAGUCUGGGAGGAGUUUGACCUCGGAGGGGAACUGGUCCAACUGGUUGGUUCAUCAUUUCCUUGUUAUGAGUCGGACGGUUUGGUGUGGCUCACUUCAUCACAGCAGGAAGACGACGAAGGAAUGGCCUCUGCUACUUCCGGGUCUGAGGAGGUCUCCUCCUGUUCCAUCUGUCUGGAUGUGUUCAACAGCCCAGUCUUCACACCAUGUGGGCACAACUUCUGCAGAACCUGUAUUACAACGUUCUGGGAUGAACAAGUCCAGUACAAAUGUCCUGUUUGCAACGAGCUGUUCCACACAAGACCUGAUUUACGGGUCAAUACCCUCUUUUCAGAGAUGGUUGAUCGGUUAGGAAGGACUGUUCGAGUCAAAGAGCCGCCUUGUGUUGAUCCAGGAGAAGUUCCCUGUGACGUCUGUACUGGGACCCAGCUGAAGGCUGUGAAGUCCUGCAUAGUGUGUAAUACCUCUUACUGCCAAACCCACCUGGAGCCACACCAGAGAGUCGCUCGCCUGCAGACACAUCUGCUGGUCAACCCUUUGGACAGUCUGGAAGACAGGAUGUGUAAGAAACACAACAGACUUCUGGAGCUCUUCUGUCAGACUGACCAGGUGUGUGUGUGUGUGUUGUGCAUAAUGACGGACCACAAGUCCCAUCCUGUUGUACCUAUGGAGGAGGAAUAUGAAGUGAAGAUGGCCCAGCUGGGGAAGAUUGAGGCUAAUGUUCAGCAGAUGAUCCGUGAGAGAAAACAAAAGAGUCAGGACAUCAAUGACACACUGAAUCACAGCAAAGCAGAAGCAGACAAAGAGAUGGCAGAUGGUGGACAGGUCCUCACCGCUCUGAAGCGCUCUGUUGAAAAGUGUGUUCAAGAAAAACUGAAAUCCACAGAGAAUGAAGCUGAUGGUCUCAUCAAAGAGCUGGGGCAGGAAAUAGAAGAUCUGACCAAUAUAAGCUCAGAGGUGAAGCAGCUCUCACACACUAAAGACCACCUCCACCUCCUCCAGACCUUCAGAUCCCUGAAGGAUCCUCCACCCACCAGGGACUGGACAAAGGUGGAGUUCCAUCCUCCGUCUUACGUAGGGACACUGAACAAGGAGAUGAAGAAGCUGGUUGUCCCAGAGCCAACGCUAAAGAAGUGUUUUCAGUCUACAAUGGAUGAGGAGAGAGAGGAAGGGGGUCCUACCUCUAAGACCACUCUGUCUGGGGAACAUGGCCGCCGGAGCAAAGCUGAGAGCCCAGAGCAGCAGGAGAGAGCAGACUCCUCUGGAUCCAGCUCCAAUUGUGAAUCCUUUAAGAGUGCCCAGUAUACAAAUCCACCUAUUAGGUUUAAAGAUGGAUAUCAGUCUAUUGAGAAGAGAAGGGUCCAGCAGCAGAGAGCAGAUUCCCCUGGACCCAGCUGUGACGAGUCUAUGCUCUUGUCCAUGUAUACUACAUGGACAAGAGCAAGUAAUCCAUAUCCAGAUCCAUGUCACACAUAUUAAACGGCUGCCAUUUUUUACAAAGGUCUCUAUGUAUCCAGGCAUGAUAGGAUUGUGUACAUUAUAUCAGAGAGUUUACCAUGCUUAUUUUCUACAAACACUGGCAAUGCAUAUAAAUUGUGUUGUUAGACAACAAAUGUUUUCCAGGUGCUUUGCAGAAAAGUCUGUGUUCACUGAUUUAAAUGCCACCAGGCCUGAUAUUACGAUCAUUGAUGAGGACAAUAGAAAUGUGUUCAUUCUGGAAGUAGGAUGCUUUUUUGAUUCAAGUCUAGAGGAGGCUUACUCAACAAAGCUGGUAAACUAUAACCCUCUUGUGCAACAAAUAUCUGGCCUUGCCUACAAAAGUCAAUAUCUGGUCCUUAUCUUCAGCAGCCUGGGCCAUGUGCAUAGGCCUUCAUCAGGGGUCUCAGGAUGGUUGGCUUUACCAAAGCAAGGGCAAAACAACUUGCCAAAUACUGCUCAAUAUCCUCCAUUAUUGCAAGCCGCCACAUUUGCAGAAGAAGGUGUUGUGUGUAUCGAUAAUCUGCUGUUUGAACUGUCAUCAGACCCACAUUGCGAGAUAAUGCCUGAGCAAUGUUUUGUAUCUGUAACAUUUAUUUCAUGUACAUUUCUUAUGAAUUGGGAUAUAAAUUAAGAAAUUAAAUGUGUGUGUGUGUGUGUGU